AUCAUCGAGCUUUACAAGGCUGAGGAAUUCAUUGAAGCCCAAAAGCUACAAGCGAUUGUAGCUCAAGGGGAUUGGAUAUCAAUUCAAGAAGGCGUGGUUGGUACGAAAAGCGGCCUGCUAUCCUACUUUGGAUACGGUGUGUGUGGGCGUAAGCCCCUUCCGAGCAUGACAAAACAGGAGGCUUUCAAAUACUCCGAGGAUUUUAAGGAGCUGGUAGCUGUCGAGAAGGCUCUUUGA